GGUCAGUAGCCUCGAUAUGACUCCUAACAAAGGAUUCGCUUAUGCUUAUGGUUGGAAUAUUUAUUAUGAAAAGAUGUUGGGCAUUUGCUCAAAGCGUAACGAGAGCUGGUGGGCUUCCCAACGGGCCUGGUAUUGGGCAUUAUUGAUGAUCAUUUGUAUCUGGUUUCCUCAGACUGCGAGUCUGCGAUUUCUCUGGGGCAAUCUCAACUCCAUUAUAGAUUGUUUGUCUACCAAUAUGUCCAUCGCUAUGUCAAUUGUCAAAAUUCUCGUUCUCCAGUCACAGCGAAAAGUGAUUGGCGCAGUUCUCACAGAAAUCUCUGGUGAUUGGAUACCGUUGAGAUCGAAAGAAGAGAACGAAAUAAUGUUUGAGACUGCGAGAAUUGGGAGGAGAAUUUCGAUAAUGUCGGUAACACUCACCAAUCUAAUGUUCUUCGAGUAUAUUUUAUCAAAGGUGUGGUCGACGAUUAUUAUCGGUGCCAAUGAUUUCGAGGCUGACCCUCGACUGGCUCGAGGUUUUUUAUUCGAUUCGUACUUUCCAUUUGCCACGACCGAUCUCGCCAUUUAUUUACCUAUAUGGCUCGGUCAAUUUUUUGGAACUUUGCUUUCGAUGGCUUCUUAUUCAGGACCCGAUUGCAUAGUCUCUAUGAUGGUGCUUCACCUCUGUGGCCAGCUCAGAAUUCUCCGUUGUUCCUUGAGACACGUCGUUAAUGGUACGACCAUCAAAGAACCUCAUUUGUUUUGGAAGAACUUUAAAGUCAUUGUCGAUAGACAUGAGCAGCUCAAUAGACUCUCUCUACUGAUAAGAGAUACGUUUAGCUCGAUUCUUCUCGUCCAAAUGUUGGUGUGCUCACUGACCUUUUGCUUUCAGGGAUACGCAAUGGUUACCACUUUGGUUGAUCGCGAUGGUACUCCUAUCAGAGUACACAAUCUGGCAUUCAAUUUAUUAUAUGCUGGAUUUACAGUCAUACAUCUCUUCGUAUACUGUUACGUGGGAGAUCGACUCUUCGUCGAAAGUACAAACAUACCGGACGAUUUUUACGAGAGUCCGUGGUACCAUUUGCCAGCUCAAGAGGCAAAAGCCUUUCUCUUCGUCUGUCACAGAUCAAAGAUUCCUUUGAAAUUGACAGCAGGAAAAUUCUGUGCUUUCAAUCUCCGACUCUUCAAUAGCAUUAUGAAAAAUUCAAUGGGCUAUCUUUCCAUGCUUAUGGCGAUGAGAGAGAGACUCUGAUCAACUGAUUGCCAACGUUCGAACAAUAACAUUCUAACGGACAAUUAAAAUAAAUUUUUUAAAUGUUUUGAAAAAUGAUACGAAUAAAU